AUGAGACAAACGGGUAGCAUCAUAUUCUGCUUUCUGGUCGUGGCCCUGCUGCCCUACCACCUCUCGCUCGGAGACAUCCCAAAGCCACCAUCCUUUUCGUCCGGUGGCACGAAAAAGGAUAAGCUAAAGACGGAAAAGCUACCACCGUGCAAAGCGUGCACAGUGUUAGUGAAUUCGUUUCGCGAUGGAAUCAAACGGACGGAACGGGCGAAACACGACGGUGGUGAUGCGGCCUGGGAGGAGGAACGGUUGGGCAGCUACAAGACGAGCGAACUACGGCUAGUGGAGAUACAGGAGCGGCUCUGCACGGACGUUACACGUGGCGAGGACCAAUGCCAUCAGCUGGCGGAAGACUAUGAGUCACAGAUAGAGGAAUGGUGGAAAAACCAUCAAACCACCCAUCCGGAUCUGCACCGAUGGUUGUGUGUGGAGCAGGCGACCGUUUGCUGUCCGGAUGGGUUUUACGGACCGAACUGUGAGCCCUGCCCGACCUGUUUCGGUAAUGGCAAGUGUAAGGGGAAUGGUACACGCAAGGGCAACGGAAAGUGUGCCUGUGAUGAGGGAUAUGCCGGGGAUAACUGUGAUAGCUGCACGGAGGAAUACUACCCAGCGUUCCGGGAUGAUACGAAGCUGCUGUGUAGUCGGUGCCAUAAGGCGUGUGCUGCCGGAGGAUGUACUGGAGCGGGGCCAAAUGCAUGCCGAGUGUGUCGGAGCGGAUGGGUAAUGGAUGCAGGACGGGGCGGGUGUGUCGAUGUGGAUGAAUGCAUUAAAGAGGCUCCGUGUUCGAGACAACAGUUUUGCGUAAACAAUGAAGGAUCGUACAGCUGUUUGGAGUGUGAUAAAUCGUGCGACGGCUGCAGCGGAGAUGGUCCAGAUUUAUGCGACAAAUGUGCCGCAGGAUACGAGCUACGGGACGGCAUGUGUACAGAUACGUCCAACGAGAAGCGCAAUCAGUACGCCACCUUUACCCGAUACCUAACCUAUCUCGGUCUGUGCAUUGCCACGUGCAUCGUGCUACAGAACUCGACCUGGCUCGCGGCACUGGUUGGAUUGGCCGUCGCCGUAUACAUUUCCGUGUCGGAGUACUGGCUCAACACUGCCCCGCAGCAACCGGCGGCCCCUUCGCCUCGGAUAUUAGACGAGAUUCUUCAACAGCAUUAAUAAAAAUAG